AUGAAAGGGAUAAUAUUGAUUGGAUAUUUAUUACUUAUAGCAUGUUUAAAUUAUUUUUACGUUCAAGGGGCAUAUUUUUAUGUAAAAGAAGGUGUUGAAAAAUGCUUUGUUGAGACAGUUACAAAAAAUGUUAUUAUAGUAGCAUCAUAUGAUAAUUAUGGAUCAAAAGAACUAAAAUGCUUGAUCAAUGUGAAAAAUAAAAAUGGGCAUGUUUUGUAUACCCACGAUGCAUCCCAAAUGAUUAGAGGAAAAAUAUCGUAUAUGGCAAAAACAAGUGGGCUACAUUAUAUUUGCAUUUUAUGUCCUUCAAAUAAUUGGUUUAAAGAUACAUCAGUAAAAUGGACAAUGUCGAUUGAAGUUGGUGGAUCAGAUAUUGAUUUUAAUGAAACUGCAAAAAAAUCAGAACUAAGUAAAACAUCAAGUACUUUACAAAGUUUAAAAAGAAAAUUUCAUUCUAUGAAGUCACACCAAACGCAUCAAAAGCUAAUAGCGGACAAUAUGCAUGAGCAUAACAAAAAUGUUCAUAAAAAUAUGAUCUAUUGUUACAUUAUAGAAAUUAUUAUAUUAAUAGCAAUAACAGGGUAUUCUAUAAUGCAUUUAAAGAAUUAUUUUAAAGCAAACAAAUUAAUGUGA